AUGUGCGAUACAAAUUGGUGUACCUUUUGUGAUAAUGCUAUCAGUCCUUACUCUGAUUCUCUCUACUGCUCAGAAGAUUGCCUUCGUCAAGACGCUUUAAUGCACCAUCCUAUGCUUGGCUAUGAUUACGCCGAAUUGGAAGGAUUUCCUCACAGCACUCAAAUGCCAUCGCUCGUAAGAAGAAAAUCAUCGAUCCCAACAUUGGCCGCCAACAGUAACAACAGCAGCACUGAUUUCAUUCAAUUGCAAAAGAUUCCAUCGCUCUCACCAUCCCUAUCGUCAUCGAUCUCAUCUUAUUCUUCAGUUCAUCCCUGUGAUACCAAUGCAGAUUUCAACAAAAGUAAUAGUGAUACCUACGCCGCUGCUUCUUACUUUCAUCCAAAGCCACGCAAAGUCUCCUCCAUCCCAUUCAUGGAACAGCUAAAUCAAGCAUUGCUUCAAUGCUAA